GCCGCCGCCGCCGCCGCCGCCGGUCCGAGGGCGCCGCGCCCUUGCCCUGGGCCCGGCCCGCGUCCCCGCGCUGCGCCGCCCGGCCGGGUGCAUGCAUUGUGAGCCUCCUGACAUGGUCUGCGAGACGAAGAUCGUGGCCGCCGAGGACCAUGAGGCGCUACCGGGGGCCAAGAAGGACGCACUGCUCGCCGCCGCCGGCGCCAUGUGGCCCCCGCUGCCCGCCGCGCCCCCGCCCGGCCCCCAGCCCUUGGGCGGAGCGGGGGGCGCGGGGCCGCCGGGGGGGCGCGGCCUGUGCAUCCGCGAGUUCCGCGCGGCGGAGCAGGAGGCGGCGCGCCGCAUCUUCUACGACGGCAUCAUGGAGCGCAUCCCUAACACGGCCUUCCGCGGCCUGCGGCAGCACCCGCGCACGCAGCUGCUCUACGCCCUGCUGGCCGCGCUGUGCUUUGCCCUAACCCGCUCGCUGCUGCUGACGUGCCUGGUGCCGGCUGGGCUGCUGGGCCUGCGCUAUUACUACAGCCGGAAGGUGGUGCUGGCCUACCUGGACUGCGCCCUGCACACGGACAUGGCCGACAUCGAGCAGUACUACAUGAAGCCCCCCGGCUCCUGCUUCUGGGUGGCCGUGCUAGACGGCAACGUGGUGGGCAUCGUGGCAGCACGGGCCCACGAGGCGGACAACACGGUGGAGCUGCUACGGAUGUCUGUGGACUCGCGCUUCCGCGGCAAGGGCAUCGCCAAGGCGCUGGGCCGCAAGGUGCUGGAGUUCGCCCUGCUGCGCAACUACUCCGCAGUGGUGCUGGGCACGACGGCCGUGAAGGUGGCCGCCCACAAGCUCUAUGAGUCCCUGGGCUUCAGACACAUGGGCUCCAGUGACCACUACGUGCUGCCCGGCAUGACCCUCUCGCUGGCCGAGCGCCUCUUCUUCCAGGUCCGCUACCACCGCUACCGCCUGCAGCUGCGCGAGGAGUGACCGCUGCCCGCCUGCGCCCGCUGCCCAGCCACCCCAUCCGCCUGUGCCCGCCUGCCCGCCACCCGGGCUGCUUUCAGACGCUCACCUUGGCGUUCCUGUUGGGUUUUUCCUUUUUCAACAUCAUGCGGUUCUCUGGCUGGUGCUGGGGGACGGAGCUGUUGCUCAGCCAUGACACUUCGGGGGGUGGGCUGUUUGCAGCCGUGGCCCCUCCCCUCCCCAGCCUGCUGGGACCAUGCCCUGAAGAGUGACAGCAUGGACUGCCACAGGCCCUCGCAGCUGCCCGGCCCCGGAUGACAGGGCUGUUCCGGCCCAUGGCCACUGAGGCAGGCCCAGCCUUACCCACUGAGCACAGAACCUCUGCAGCGAGGCCCCCGCCCAGCAGACUCCGGGCCGCCGGCCAGGCUGUGGCUCAGCCAUUGGUCCCCAGGAGGUGUGGCCUGCUGGGCCGGCCGGCCACUGCCCGGUAGGGCACUGAGCUGGCCGCGGGCCGCUUUGCUCUGUGCAUGCUGAGCAUGUGGCCUGGCUGCAGCAUGCCGCAUGCCCACAGCCCCCGCCCUGCAGCCCUGCCCAGGCUGGGCCCAGGCUGGUGAGCACCCCCUGCCCCGGCCCAGAGCGAGCCCCAGGCAGCCAUCUGCUCUCUGGACGGCCUGACUCACAAGCCCCUUGCUUCACCCAGUUUAGCUUUGCUUUGACACCGAAUCACCUUUCCUUUUGGCCCCAACCCCUCCCCUGCCCGGGCUUUGCUAAUUGGCAUCAUCACCCCUCUGUGGUUCCCAUAGCGACCCACUGCACAGCCGUGGUCAGGGCCCUUCAGGAGAGCAGAGUGGGGAGGCAGUCUUGGGGUCACCUCUCCCCCAGUACCAGCUACAUCACGGUGGCCUCUCCCAGGCCUCCCGAGGACCUCCCCGCCUCAGCCCACAGGCUCUGCCCUGUGGGUCUUACUAACCCAGGCCGCUGCCAACACCACUGAGCCCACAGCUUCUCCCAGCCUGAAACCAACCUAUUUUUUAAUAAGUUAUUUAGACAGGAUAGCACUCUGCAUGUCUUUAAUACGUGGGACAAAAUAGUAGUUUAUACCUUAACACACGCACACACACCUACACACCUGUGUGGUCUAGAAUAUGCACUAUUUAUGGCCCAGUUUGGUGGGGGUGGGUGGCCGGGUGGGUGGAGGUUUUCAAAGUUUGAAAUCUGGAGGGAGACCCUAAAUUAGCAUAUUUCCCCCCCAAAGAGCAUUCCUGGUUUGUGAGAAGGCUGUGGGCCGCCCCUCUCCAGCCCUGUCGUGCCACUGCCUUCAGGAGGAGUGGGUGGGUCUCGCCGUCCAGCGAGGCUUGGGGGGCUGGCUGUGCUGCCUGCCUCUCCUUCCUGAGGUUGGAGGCAGGGGCUGUCGGGCAUGGGUGACCUGGACCUCGAGAGGGAGGUGGUGGUCGGCAGCGGCUGCACGUCCAGCUAUAAGCCUGAACCCCGCUGCGGUGGCAGGAGGGGCAGAAAUGCCUGCCGAGAACCCUUUAUUUGGGGGCGUGGGGCGGGGACAGUGGCAGGUGCUGCAGGCCACUGAACUGGGUCCCACAUGCGGGACCACAGGGGACGUUCUUAAAAAGGCACUUUGGAAACUAGCAAAUGAAUGAAAUGAGCCCGGUUUCCGGAGGAGCCUUUUGUGCUGCCAGCAGUCGAGGUAUUUGCAGAACACUGUACAGACCCCACUUCCCUGUACAUACCCCCGGUGGCGCCCGGCCCCUGCUCGGGGGUGGGAGUUUUGUAGACUGUACAGAAAUCGGCACCCUAUUUUCUUGCAGCUCUCAGAUUUUGUUAACCUGGAUUAUACAGACAGACGUAAAGUGUUUUAGCAAAAUGGAAAACAAACAGUUGUGCCUUUUUCCUCUUUCUGUUUGGUUUGGUUUUGGCUUGAGGCAGCCUAGUUGCUGUGGGGUGUGUGGGGAGCUGCGGCUGGUCUGAGGCCUGGUGGGUUGGGAGGGGCAGGUGGGGGCCACGUGGGUCAGCAUGGCGGGUCGUGUCAGUGGGAACGACACUGGCUUCCGUUGAUCCUGUGCCUUUGGCACCUCUGGACCCUGGGGUGGGGGUGCAUGGGUGGGAGCUGCUGGAGCCCACAGGCCCUGGGGCUGCCAGGGUUAGGGUGAUGUUGACCAAAGCACCGCGCUGGCAUUGCUCCUGGGCAGCGGUGUGCUGUCUCCUGUUCUGUUGGCACCUGCCUGUCCAAGAUCUGUGGGCUAAGUGGGCUGCCGCGUCUCUUCCAGUUGGACGGCCUGGGGUAGUGGAUGCUGCCUGGAUUCUGGGCCUUUAUUGCCCUUUUGUUGCUGCCAGGACUCGGGAGAGAUGCCAGGAGGGGUGUGUCCAGGUGGCCUAAUGUCCGGAAGCCUGAUGCUACCCAGCCGCUGAGGUGGCACCCGUGUGCCCAGCACGGCCCUCCCCCUGCCAGUGUGCAGCUCAGCAGGCCCCCAGGGACCUCCGGGGGCAGGUCUCCCAUCCUUCCCCUGGGUUGGAGGCUGGGCACGCUGGUGGGGGGCCCUGCCCCUGGCUAGUCGCCUCCCUCUGCCUGGGAGCUAACUGCUCCGAAAACAUGCACUGAGAUGUGAAUUUUAUAUGUUUGUAGAAAUUCUGAUGUUACUACUUCUACCUCUGUGAAGCGUCCUCCUGGGGUCCCGCUCAGUGAUGUGUCUGAACAGCCCCUCUGAGUCAGCGGUCCUGGGUCUUGUCCUCCCUGCUGGCCCACGGGUGUACCCCAAUGGCUGUCUGGUGAGGCCCUGGGAAAGCCAGCCCUGGGCCUGGUAUCUGUGUUCAGGGGUUGGGGCUCCCAGGACUUCUGUUGUCCGUUGGGAAGCCUCUGUUUUUGGAGCAGAAAACUAGAGGCGGAUUAUUCCAGAAUGUGUUAGAUGAGCCUGAAACACCAACCUGAGGAGCAGCUCCCAGGCAGUUGAGGGCUCCAGUACCUGAUGACUCAGUGCCACCAGGGUCCUGGCACGUGGCUGGUGGGCCAGCCGCAGGGCAGUUCCCACUGCCCAGGUUUGGGCUCUGCAGACAGCUGGCACCCCAGGGUCGGCGGUCAACAUGUGCUGAGGCCACCAUGUGGGCUGGCCCGCCAUGGCGGCAUCUGCCACCUCUCACCCUCACCCAGGUCAGCUGGUUUCCUGCUGCUGCCAUUGGGUAGAGGGGGCAGAGGGAUGGGGCCAGCCUGCCCUGAGCGGGUAGAGGGCUUGCCCUGGGGACAAGGGUUAAGCGGGAGGCCCUGGGGUCCUAGGGUGGUGCCUGCUCUGGGCAGCCUUUCUCAGAGGAGGCCUUUAGAGGAGACGGUGGUGGACGCUCCUCAGGCGGUUUCUUCGGGCGUCAGCAAGUACUUGGGAGGCUCUCUGGGCAAUAGGGCUGGGCUCCGGCCUCUGGGGUGCAUAUUUCAAUGUGAGCACCUGCUGCUGCCUGCCUGGGGUGGCCAGCACUGUGCCACCUUCCUGGCAGUGUCCAGGGGAUGGCUGGACAAUGGACCCCGAGCCUUGGGAGCCAGGUGGGUGGCACCGCUGCUGUGUCCUCUGUGACCUGCUCCUGCAUCUGUUUGAUGCCACUUCUGUGAAUCAGUUUUGGCCAUGGGCCCGUGUUCCUGUGCUGAUGGCCCUUGAACAAGACUGGGUGAGGGGCGGGCAGGUCCUACAAUACGUUUGCCCCUUGGUGCUGACGACGUGCUCCGUGGAUGAGUGGGCAGCCAGGGCCGGUGGUGCGGGCAGAUGAGCCUGACCCGCCAUUGUGGGAGGUGUUUUCUUUAACAGCAAUAAUUAGCUAUUUUGAAGAAGGGGUGUGUCGGUGAGUGCCCGCCCGCCUGCGUGCGUGCCUGCCCGUGUAUGUGCACACGUGUGCACAUGUGCGUGUGCUGGUUACACACAUGUGCCUGUGUGCAUGCCUGCACAUAUACGUGUGUGAUGGCGGAGGGAGCCUGGUGGCCGAGGGCCUCGUGCUGCAGCCUGGGAUGGGGCGGCUGUGCCCCGCGCUCUGCUGUGCUAGGCCUGCGCGGGGCCCACUGGACCAUGAAUGUAAUGCUCCUUCAGGCGGAGGGCGCUGGAUGGGCCUGUGUGGGGGUGCCACCACCUGGACGAGUCUUCGCCUGGGUCUCUGGGUGGCGAGACCAGGCUGUUUGGCCACGGCUGCCGUGUCUUUGGAUGAGUGGAGCCCAGUUUCAUCUACCAUGCUUUACUGUUUGUGAGCCCACGAGGGGGGCGACUUUCCUGACACCCCAGGAUGUGCCAAGAUAGCCCCUAGAGGGGCUGGGUGGUGGUCAGCCGAGUUCCAGAGGAGACAGGCUGCUGGCUGGGGCGGGUAGGGGCCCCAGGCUUCCUGUGGGUGUGUGAACAGCAGAAGGGGUGGGGGCACCCCCGCCUGCACAGCCCCCCGAUGCUGCUGAUUUUCAAUAAAACCAGAGUUGACAGAA